UUGACUGUUUACUCAGUUGGUGCUUGAAGACUGACAAAUGAUUAACCCCCUGGAAUCCCUGGUUAGACCCCAGUUGUGGUCAUGAGUUCAGCCUUUGGAACCGCAGGCUUAAAUUGUUUUUCCAGGAUUCUACCCAGUCGGGCGUCCCUGCCCGGACUCUGCUAUGGAAACCCUCCCUUGGGAGAGAGUGGUGCGCAGGGGGCGUGGGAAGUGAAGGGAGGAAGCCUCUGAGGGCUGCGGGGGAGGCGGGAGCCUGAGCCAUCCCGGCCACCAAGGGAUCCCUGGUCACCUCCCCUGUCCUGUUCUUCCUGGAUGAAACAAGAAGAUAACCAGGGCAUGUGUGAAGCCCAGGACUCAGAAGACAAAGGGAUGGGCACUGAUUUUGAGAACUCUGAAGACAGGGAAGGGGACCCGGAAGAAAGAGGAAUGGGCUCUAACCCACACGACGCAGACAAGAGAGAAGGCCGCCCAGAGCAGGAGACGGGCUCCAACCCACAGGAGGAAGCUCCCAGGGGGCACUCAGAUGAGAGAGAGCUGGUGUCUGACAUCUGCACAGAGGGGCUGCUGAGUGAGGAAGGAGGGAUUGCUCUCCGUGAGGAAGAGGAUGACCAAUCUGGAGUAGCUGAAAUGGCGAUGUUCCCAGGACUGUCUGAGUCCGACAGCGUUUCCCGGAGUCCCCGAGAAGAGGAGGAGGAGGAGGAGAGCGCGGGGGAGAACCGCCUAGAGGAGGAAGAGGAGCAGCCGCCCCCUCCGGUGCUUCCCUGGAGGCGGCACCUCUCCCUGGGGACCCGGCACCGGGGCGAAAAACCUGCCCACCGCCGCUUCCGCCGGCUCCACCACCCCAUGGCCAUGGACCUCGGGGAGCUCGACAGCCUGAUGGCCAGCAUCAUGGAUGCGCCCACCAUCUGCCCCGACUGCGGGGAGAGCUUCAGCCCGGGCGCCGCCUUCCUGCAGCACCAGCGCAUCCACCGCCUGGCAGAGGCCGCCGCGGCGGCCAGCCUGGAGCCCUUCGGCUUCGCGGCGGACCUGGUGAAGCACCAGCGCGUGCACACGGGCGAGAAGCCCUACAUGUGCUCCGAGUGCGGCGAGACCUUCAGCGUCAGCUCGCACCUCUUCACGCACAGGCGCACGCACUCGGGCGAGCGGCCCUACGUCUGCCGCGAGUGCGGCAAGGGCUUCGGGCGCAACUCGCACCUGGUGAACCACCUGCGCGUGCACACGGGCGAGAAGCCCUUCUGCUGCGGCCAGUGUGAGAAGCGCUUCAGCGACUUCUCCACGCUCACGCAGCACCAGCGCACGCACACGGGCGAGAAGCCCUACACCUGCAUCGAGUGCGGCAAGAGCUUCAUCCAGAGCUCGCACCUGAUCCGCCACCGGCGCAUCCACACCGGCAACAAGCCGCACAAGUGCACCGGCUGCGGCAAGGGCUUCCGCUACAAAACGCACCUCGCGCAGCACCAGAAGCUGCACCUGUGCUAGGGCUGGGCCCGGGGAGCGCGUCGGGACUAGUUGUCCUGGGGACAGACCCUAGAGAAGGAAAUGGGGGAGGGGCGGGAGGGACAAUCUGAGAAUGGCUGGGGAGCCUUUAGGUGUUUGGGGUCCUGAAGGGGAAGGUAGAGUAAGAGUUGUUCUUUCGGGGUGCUGGGUUUUUGCCUGCCUCUUCAUCUUUGGGAGAUGUGCUUGAGCCUGGUGACUUCAUAUACACGCCGUAGGGGUAAAGAGCGUGGAGGGGCAGGCACUUGAGGACCUUGAGGAAGGCGAGCUAGCGGGGUAGGGGAGGGAACCGGAUGGCAGGCAAUAGAAUAGUUUGGGCUGUGAUGGUCUAGGGGAAGCAGGGAGGGAGUGUGGUUGGAGUGAGGGUUAUUGGGUAAAGCAAAAAGUUGGCGUGAAUAAUUCUAUCCUGGUUUCACCAGGUAUGGAGCCACUGUUUGCCCUGUCCCCCCACAUCAGCUCUAGUCCCACGAAAAGUAGAGGAACCUUGUCAAUCUUACAGGAGUGGAUACUUUGUGUCCGCUUCCCUUCCUCUCUCUGAGCCACCGUUAGCUGCUAUUUUGAGACAUCCAGGGGAAACUGGGCAGAAAAGCUACACACCCUCAUUUCAAGGGCCGAAUUUUGGAGGUUUGGAAAUUCUUUCAUAACUGGUUUUCAGAUCUUGGAAAUCUUGGUCCUGCUCCUGGUUCUUGGCUACUUCCUCUAAAAUAUUGUAGCUUCUUGCUGGGUCAAGGUUGUCUAUGUGGAUGACCAGACCCCUGCCCCUGGUGUCAGGUGUGUUCCAGGCCCAGGAUUUCCUUCAGGUCUCAUCUGUGAUCCCAGCUCUGUGUGACUUUUCCUUUCCCGAGUCUGCUUGAUGUUUGUUUCAAGUUGCCCCGGUGACCUGCUACAAAAGUCCAGUAGCUUAGAGUUUUGCUGGCCUUGUGGGAUAAACCCAGGAAAGCAAAUGUUCACAUGUUGGGGUGCAAGGCUUCUUCCUCUUAUUUGCCUUCACUUUUUAUCUGUGUACCCCUCCCCCUCUGCAGUAAUGGAGGCGCUAUUCCAACCCCCACCUCCAUCCCUAUUGAUAUGGGUUCUGGUGUGAGUAGAAAUUUCUCUUUCCUAUGUAGGGAGGCACAAUAGAAAGCUUCAGACUUUACCCAAGGAGGGCACAAGCAGGGAGAGGUGUAAAUGCAAAAUUGCCAAAUAGCACAAGCAAUGAAUGUUUUCUGGUUGUUAUAUAAAUGCCAAAAGAGCACUUUUGUAUUUGUAAAGUGCUUUAUGCUUUUUAAUGAUUGUUAGUUGUUUCUCGCGUCUUUGUGAGGUAGAGCAGUAUUAUGACCCCCGUCUUAGGGCGGGCCUGGGGACAGGGGUGCAGUGCGCAGUUCUGAAGAGAGGCAGUGACGGUGUGGAUAGGUGUGGUCUGACUUUUUGUGCUCUCCAGCUCAGCUGCUAGGAAGACUUACCUGCCGUGAUUUAUAUCAUAAAAUAAGGACACUGAACAUUCUUAAUGCUUGAUGGAAAACUUAAGGCUAGUCUAGAAGGGCCAAAGAUGUCCUAGUUGACAAAGCUGGUCUUUGUCAUGUAAUUAGAGUGUCCUAGAGAUGUUCCAUUUCUAGUAGGGACUGUAGUUAGAUGACUCUUGUAUAGACUUCAGUGACCUCUGCUGAACACCCCUCCCUUAGGUUAGCCUUGAGAAGGUAGAGUUGUGGAAAGCAGUUUUGUUUUCUUUGCUAGUGAUUAUUGCCCUACACUUUUCAUGGAAGUAUCUUCACAAACUGUUGGACACACUUGAAGGGAAAAAAAAAAGCCCACAAGAUUGUUUUUGUGAUUUUAGCAACUUUCUAUGGAUACUGGUGAUUUAUACUUGAUCAGUUGUAUUCAAGCAAAGAACCUCCUUGGGUACCACAGGAAAGCAUGUUUUUGCCAUUAUAAAAAACACUUAUUUAAAAACCCUGAGAAUUCGGGGCUUGUGUCAAGCCUGCUGAUCUUGCCCUGUUGAUCAGUUUAUUGUUAUUCACAAAGGCGAACAGAUUUUCGAAAUAUAGAUAGUUCUGGAAGAUCCGAAUUCCUUUUAAUUUUCUUUUAGUCAAGAGUAGUCUGAGUAAAGCAAGCGUCCAUUAUUUAUUCUGACUUGUCAUCUGAAUACUAAGUGUGUAAGACUCACAGGAAAAUAAUAGAGCCAAUUUGCAGGUGCCCUUGCUCCUUUGUGUGUUUUUUUUUUCCAUGCACAUCUACCUCUUCCAGCUGUUUUAAGUUCUCUUGAGUCUGUGCGUAUGAAAUCUCAUCCAACUUUUGAUUAUUCAUGGGUUGAUGAUCAACUUUAUGGGUGACUUGGUCUUUUGCUGAAGUUUUCAUACUAUUGCAUAAUCUCCUCAGCACCCAGGGUGUCCUGUAGCAGCAGAUUUCGAGAGUGGGUUCAAUGAGGAGAAGAGAUUGAAGUUAAUGUGAAAUAAUUUAAUGGCAGUGGAAAUCUUUGGAUUUCAUUGACCUUUCCUGUUCUGUCUAUUACCUUGGAAAAGAGAGCCAGCUACUACUUCUGUAUCUCUCCUGUGAGCGCAUCCUUUAGCAAAGAAGACAGUCCAGCCAUCAAUGCCCCACUCUCCUGGUGCAUCUCAAAUGUGAUUCCAUUUCUCUUACAAUUCUUCAGGGAACAUAUCUGCGUUAAGUGAGGUUGAAUGCAUUCAGGAGGUUGUUUCUUGGAUCUAGUUUUAGGAUUUCUAAAGCAAACCCUGGCAACUGGUUCACCCUUGAAAACGUUCAUCUGAAGAUUCCUUCCACCAAGUCAUUCAUGAUGGUGGAGGCAAGUGUAUCAUUUGUUCCCUGAGGAGUUUGGUCAAGGGCAGGCCGCCCUUUACGGAGCAGAACCUGGAGCAGUUUUAAAUAGGUUAACUGGCUUGAUUAAAUAUUGAACGCUGUGUUCGAAGAAGAGGAGGAGAAGUUAAGCCCUUGAGCCAUGUGGCCUCUUCAAGAUCAGGAGGCUAUACAUAUGUGAAAAAAGACAAACUAAGAAACCGUGUUCAUAGACAAUCUGAACUGUUUCUAAAGUGUGUGCGCAUUUUCCUUUCCUGUAAUGUUAUUUUACAGCCGUUUGUUAAAAUAGUGAAUAAUUUAAUGAUCCUAAAAGUAACAGGUUUUGUAUGUGUGUGUGUGGGUGUGUGCUUGUGUAUGUGAGAAUUGCCUUAUUUUCAGGUGGUUUUAUUUAAUAAUGGUUCCUUGGACAGCAUUCUGGCGUCCAGCAACCAAUCCGGAAUAUUUGUCAUUAAAUCCAUAUCCGUCUUUUACCA